AUGACAACAAUUCCACCGGACUGGGCAUUAUACCAGACCUACCUUGCCGGUGAAUUGGUUUAUGACACCUUCGUGUCAAAAAUUCAUCAACAACCGGUAAACCGAAUGAGUGUUGGAUUGUUGGAUAUCAACACCUGUAUUGCUUUGGAGCAGCUUGCCAAUGUCUUGGCCAUGGCUUACUGCAAUCCUGUUCAUCUUAAAAUUGACAUGGUUAGAUACAAUGAAUCCCUGGACAAACAUGAAUCCGGUCAAAACGAAAAACGAGAGCAGACUCUUUUGGACAAGUUCCCUCCUCAAGAAGAGCUUGUCUUGACAACUCCAAGUGUCAUCAUUGAUUCCAGAGGAAGAAUCAUCGUCUGGUAUUUGCCUGAAGCAAUGACCGGUAUGAUAAUACCGAUAUGCAUUGUGCAACAAAUUCCAUGGAUCACCCCUGGUUGCAUCAAUAUAUCACCAGCAUGGUUUCAGCAAGGAAGAGAGAAACAUGGUUUCCCAAAUCUCAAUCCGGGAGAUGGCUUCUCACCUGAAGUAUCAGCCUCGUUGAAGGGUGAUGUUGGUAGCAAUAUCACCACCUCCCUUCAAAGAUCCAGUAUCCUUGUCUCUGCUGCACUUCGGGUCAUGCACCCAGAUCUUUAUCAGGCUGGAAUCAAAACCCAAGUCAGGCUGGGCAAAUGGGCAACCUGGUAUCAGUUACAUGACAUGUGCCAUCAUCUAAAAUGUUGGACUUCAGUGCUCAAUGUGGUGUCAGUCAUUUGCAACCGCUGGUCCCCACCUCAUAGAGAUCCGAAAUGUCGACCUGAGGCAUUUGAUAUCAUGACAACUGCAGGUAUUUAUCGCCCGGUGAUAAUGGAUUUCAUGAAUCUUGGAGUCAAGUUUCUAUAUGACUCCGGGUUGAUGUUGGCUUCAUCAUGUCACCUGGUGAGACAUCACAUGCAUGUGGAAGAGGGAAGCUGGAUUGUCACUGCAUGGUACAUGCGAGAUAGUAUCCACAAUUUUGUCGGAACUCCAAGGACAGACUAUGCAAAAAAUGGCAAUGUGAAAUGCAGUGACCCGGUUGCAAAAAAUGUUGUUUAG